UACCAGUACAAUUCCCAUCUAUUAACUUCCAAGCAAAACAAGAAGAAAUUAAGAAUCAAUCAAUGGAUCGAAACCAAACCACUUUCUCUCUCUUACUCUUCCUCUUUCUCUCUCAUCCCCUCCUCUUCCACGCCACCAAUUCGCCGCAUUUCGUCCGGCAACCGCCUCGCCCCGUCGUCUUCACCGACCACCACCGUUCCAACUCCGACCCACAACAGGUUCAUAUAUCAUUGGCGGGUAAAAACUUCAUUAGAGUUUCAUGGAUUACAUCCGACCACCAGUCGCCGUCAAGUAUUGAUUACGGUAAAUCGCCGGGAAAGUACGAUGUAUCGGUCAUCGGAGAGAAUACCAAGUAUUCUUACUUCUUCUAUAACUCCGGCAAGAUCCAUGAAGCUGUAAUUGGACCUUUGGAUCCGGGUACAACUUAUUACUACCGGUGUAGUGGAUCCGGACCCGAAUUCAUCUUCAAAACUCCUCCUUCCAACUACCCCAUUGAAUUCGCAAUUAUAGGCGACUUGGGGCAAACAGAAUGGACGGCAUCAACCCUAGCACACAUUCGUGCCAACGAUUACGACGUUUUGCUUCUUCCGGGUGACCUUUCCUAUGCUGAUACACAUCAACCACUUUGGGACUCAUUCGGACGCUUUGUUGAGUCGGAAGCUAGUAAGCGACCGUGGAUGGUGACCGAAGGCAACCAUGAGAUUGAGAAGAUCCCAAUUCUUCAAUCCCAUGGCUUUAUUGCAUACAACUCUCGAUGGCCAAUGGCAUAUAAGGAAAGUGGCUCUACCUCGAAUCUAUACUACUCAUUUGACGUGGCGCCAGGGAUCCACAUCCUCAUGUUAGGAUCUUACACAGACUUCGAUGCUGACUCAGCUCAAUACAAGUGGUUGGUGGCUGACUUGGCGAAAGUGGAUAGGACAAUAACGCCUUGGCUCUUUGCAUUGGUCCAUGCACCAUGGUACAACUCAAACGAGGCUCACAAGGGUGAGGGGGAGAGCAUGAGGAAGGCCAUGGAGGAAUUGUUGUACAAUGCCAAAGUCGACAUUGUGUUCGCUGGCCACGUUCAUGCAUACGAGCGAUUCACAAGGGUAUUCGACAACAAUGAAGAUCAGAACGGACCUAUUUAUAUAACAAUCGGCGAUGGAGGGAAUAGAGAAGGGCUCGCUCUUUCGUUCGAGAAACCAAGCCCAACGAUUUCGCUCUAUAGAGAGCCAAGCUUUGGUCAUGGCCGGUUGAGGAUUUUCAACAGUACCCAUGCACACUGGUCAUGGCACAGGAACAACGACACUAACGCUGUUGUGGGCGAUGAGGUCUGGUUCAAAAGCCUAGCCACUUCGAUUUCUAGUAAUGAAGUUCUUAAACUGUCCAAUGAUGAGUUUUAACCGCGAUCACUUAAUUUGACAAUGUUUCUACAAAUAUAGUGAAAUAUUGAAGAAACCAAUGCAAAUCCCUAAAAGAAACUUGUGGUUUGACAAAAGGAAAAUCUUCAUUAAUUGUACACCUCUAGCUAAUUGAAAAUCAGCUCAAGAUUCAACAUAGAUUUUAACUAAGGAAGAUGUGACUUGAUAAUGGGUGAUUAUUUAUUGGAUUUGGUUUUUUCACUUUUUUGAAUAAAUUUAAAUCCGAUUGUACUA